AUGUUCAGUGGCUCCUCGAGCCCACCCAAGGACAAGACCGAUUCCAUUCCACAUUCCAACAGCAUCGACACUCCUUCCUCCUCUCUAGCCGUUCCCGCCGAAGACAGCACCGUGUCUACCAAAAAGUUCUCCCCUCCCACUGGGUUCUUUAGCCGCAGAACCAGCGAAGACCAGAGCAACCCAGGUGGUGAGAAGAAACGCAGGAGUAGCACUGUUACUAAGGCGGCUACCUUUUUCAGUAACGCAAAACAGUCGUUGACCCUCAGCACUCAGCGCGAGGAAAACAGCAACGGGUCGCCAACUUCGCCCAAUCCACUGCAGAAACUCGGGAAUAUGGAUGCUGCAUUAAGUGUUCCCCAAGGGUCAGGCAAUAACUCCGCGGGUGAAUCGAUACCCACGGCGCGUUCAUCAUUCAGAGUCGGCGUCACGGAAGAUCGGAAUCGAAAAUGUCGUCGUACAAUGGAAGAUACCCACGCCUACCUGUACAAUUUCCUGGGAACCCCCGCCCCGUCUACGCGCAACGAUGUCAACGGUACCGACCAAGAUGUGUCCCCCACGGCGCCCACUUUCAACUCCACCGUCGAAACAGAUAACGGUUACUUUGCCAUUUUCGAUGGCCACGCAGGCACUUUCGCAGCCGAAUGGUGUGGGAAAAAGCUGCAUCACGUUCUCCAGGAUGUUAUGCGGAAAAACCCCAAUGCGCCCGUUCCCGAACUCCUCGACCAGACCUUUACCAGUGUUGAUCAGCAGCUGGAGAAGCUACCCUUGAAGAACAGUGGAUGUACCGCAGUUAUUGCUCUGCUCAGAUGGGAGGACCGGGUUCCCAACUCACAUUCGGCCACUGGUACCGCUGCACUUGCGCCCGUAGCCGCCGCGGAGACGACAAAGAGCGAAGGCGAAAAUGCUCAGUCCGAUCCUGCAACCGUGCUUCCCAAGCUUCAAGAGAAAGCUAGCCGUCAACGUGUGCUGUAUACCGCCAACGUUGGUGAUGCGCGUGCCAUUCUUUGUCGCAAUGGCAAGGCACUCCGUCUUUCAUACGACCAUAAGGGCAGUGAUGAGAACGAAGGGAAACGGAUAGCAAGCGCAGGCGGAUUAGUUCUCAACAACCGUGUUAACGGUGUUCUUGCUGUGACCAGAGCGUUGGGUGACGCGUACCUCAAGGAUCUUGUCACAGGGCAUCCCUAUACCACGGAGACAGUCAUUCAGCCGGACGCUGAUGAGUUUGUUAUUUUGGCCUGCGAUGGACUUUGGGAUGUCUGCAGUGACCAGGAAGCCGUGGAACUCAUCCGUAACGUUACCGACGCCCAAGAGGCCUCCAAGAUUCUGGUCGACCAUGCGCUUGCGCGAUUUAGCACAGACAACCUCUCGUGUAUGGUUAUUCGCUUUGACUCGAGCCGCGUCAAGGACGUAAUCAACCAAGCCGUUGAGCCGAUCGGUGUAGAUGGGGAUCCGGCAACCGCCAACCAGAGCGUCAGCGAAGCCGACAAGAUCGUCGAAGGAACCCGACAGAGCAUGGCCAAUGCAGGAAUCACCGAUGACUCUGAAAAUGCGCAAAAGGUCAACGAAGAGAUCAUCCGGAGGAUGUCAACCGACGAGCCUGGUCCAGAGUUGUCAGUCAACGAGCAUACCGAUGUCCCGCCGGAGACUGGUGAGAAGAAGCCCGAGACUGAAAACAAGGACGGCAAGGAUACCUGA